AUGGCUCUCUACUCAUCGGCACCUCCAGAACGGCCAUUUAGCGAUGCCAAACCUACCUUGCUUGUAGCUUGGUGGAUAACGCUCUUUUGUACAUGUUUGAUCUUGCUCCGCCUCUCAGGACGAUACAUUCGGGUGGAAAAGUUAUUCAUCGAGGACAAGAUCACAGCAUUGGCAUUACUGCCACUAUAUCUGAGGAUCGCAUGCACUCACAUCGUCCUCUUAUACGGCACAAAUAAUGUUGAUCUUACCGGCAUUGAGCUGUCUUCCACAGAAAUUGAACAGAGAAUUAUUGGAAGCAAAGUUGUCCUCGCUGGAAGGAUAUUUCAUGCUGCUACGCUAUGGACGCUUAAAUUCACCACGCUUGAGUUUCUCAACAGACUGGCUGGUGCCUCCCUGAAGAAGGUCUACAAACUUCUCAUUAAUAUUCUACGAUGCGUUCUUGCGGCUUCCUUUCUGGCGAUCAUAGUGAGCGACCUUGCGGAAUGUCAUCCAAUAUCUCACUACUGGCAAAUUAUUCCGGAUCCAGGAGCGCAGUGCCGUCAAGGCGUGGUGCAGCUUCUCACAAUGGGAGUUUGCAGUGCAGUCAUUGAUGUCAUACUUAUCAUAUUUCCCAUUCCAAUCAUCUUCUCGACUCGGAUCGCUACUAAACGAAAAAUCUUGCUCGCCAUGCUAUUUUGUUUUGGCUUUCUGACAGUUGGCAUUACCAUUUACAGAAUCCCCAAGACCAUCAAGCAGCACGGGGACCAGGUGGUUCGAUCUAUGUGGGCAUCCAUAGAGCUGCUUGCUGCAACUGCAGUGGCAAAUUUGGUAGCUUUGGGUUCAUUCCUGCGAGAUAGCGGAGUGAGGAAGAUCAAAUUUCGCCCAGGAUACCAUAGCAGUGGGACAGGCUCCCGGCCUCAUGCUAAGGGGGGCAGUGAUAGACGUCAGGCCGAGAGUGAACACCGGGCCAAAUCGGACAGCGAUGAAUGGGCGGACGAUAAGCAGGCCGAUACCGCAUUCCAACCCUCAUCCAACGAUGGAGCACGUCACUCGCAAUCAGCUAGUGGAAGUGGAAUCAGUCCUACGCAAAGCCAUGACUCGCUCAUUCAGCCAGACCGGGGAUCUUCACAGGCUGCCCCGGUGCUGGGUCUUGAGAACCCUCGAUCUCCAGAGCGAGUGGUUCCUGCCGGAAUCACUAGCUUCCGGCGUAGAUAG